AUGAGGGGCGGCGCCUCGGCGCGAUGGGGCUCCGCGUCCGCGGGGACGACGCCGCGGUCGCUGAGCACGGGCUCGUCGCCGCGCGCGUCGGAGCCGGGCUCCGAGGACGGGGAGGAGCUGGUGGAGGUGACGCUGGACCUGCAGGACGACGACACCAUCGUGCUGCGCAGCGUCGAGCCGGCCGCGGCGCAGGCGGGCCUGGGCGCGCUGAGGCUGCCGGCGCCGGCACGGCAGUCUAGCGAGCUCGUGGACGGCGGCGCGUCGGCGUCGUCCUCGCGGUCGCCGUCGAUCCGCCGCACGUCGUCGUACCGGCUGCUGCAGUUCUCGCAGGAGCUCAAGGCGGAGGCGCUGGCCCGCGCGCGCCAGUUCUCGCAGGACCUCACCAAGCGCUUCAGCCGCAGCCACAGCCGCGACGAGAGCCACUACCACCAGCAGCCGCCGGUUCCGUCGUCGUCCGGCUCCGGCAUCGAGUCCGCGCUCGCCGCACGCGCCGAGCGCCGGCAGCGCGCGCAGCUCGACCGCACGCGCUCCGGCGCGCACAGGGCGCUCCGAGGACUCCGCUUCAUCAGCGGCAACAAGGCCAGCAACGCGUGGCGGGACGUGCAGGCCAACUUCGACCGCCUCGCACGCGACGGCUACCUCUCCCGCUCCGACUUCGCGGAAUGCAUAGGGAUGACGGAGUCCAAGGAGUUCGCCCUGGAGCUGUUCGACACAUUGAGCCGCCGCCGGCGGAUGAAGCUCGACACGAUCAACAAGGAGGAGCUGCGAGAGAUCUGGCAGCAGAUCACCGACAACAGCUUCGACUCGCGCCUCCAAAUCUUCUUCGAUAUGGUGGAUAAGAACGCGGACGGCCGGAUCGGGGAGGCGGAGGUGAAAGAGAUUAUCAUGCUAAGCGCGUCCGCAAACAAGCUGUCGAGGCUUAAGGAGCAGGCGGAGGAGUACGCCGCGCUGAUCAUGGAGGAGCUUGACCCCGAAGAGCUGGGCUACAUUGAGCUGUGGCAAUUGGAGACGCUUCUUUUGCAGAAAGACACGUACGUGAACUACAGCCAGGCUUUAAGUUACACAAGCCAGGCACUGAGCCAGAACCUGGCAUUAAGGAAGAAGGGCUCAAUCCGCAAAAUAAGCUACACAUUGACCUACUACAUGGAGGACAACUGGAGACGCUUAUGGGUGCUUGCAUUAUGGAUUGGAAUAAUGGCUGGACUCUUCACCUGGAAGUUCAUACAGUAUCGUGAGCGCUACGUCUUCAAUGUGAUGGGCUACUGCGUCACAACCGCAAAAGGCGCUGCUGAAACCUUGAAGCUGAAUAUGGCAAUCAUCCUCCUGCCAGUAUGCCGCAACACUAUCACUUGGCUGCGAAAUACAAGGGCUGCACGUGUAUUGCCGUUUGAUGACAGUAUCAACUUCCACAAGACUAUUGCAGCAGCAAUUGUGGUUGGUGUAAUUCUCCAUGCAGGGAACCACAUUGUAUGCGAUUUUCCACGGCUUAUACAUUCAUCAGAUGAGAUGUAUGCUCCCUUGGCCCAGUAUUUUGGAGAAACAAAGCCCACAUAUUUUACAUUAUUCAAAGGAGCAGAGGGUGUCACUGGGUUAAUCAUGGUUGUGUGCAUGAUAAUUGCUUUUACGUUAGCAACUCGGUGGUUCCGUCGUAACCUGGUUAAGCUUCCAAAACCAUUCGACAAACUGACUGGUUUCAAUGCCUUUUGGUACUCUCAUCAUCUAUUCGCCAUUGUGUACGUGGCUCUCAUUGUUCAUGGCCAAUGUGUGUACCUUAUUCGUGUCUGGUACAGAAAAACGACAUGGAUGUAUCUUGCAGUGCCUGUGUGCUUGUAUGCAGGGGAGAGGAUUCUAAGGUUCUUCAGAUCUGGCAGUUGUUCUGUCCGCCUCUUGAAGGUGGCCAUUUAUCCUGGUAACGUUUUGUCGCUGCAAAUGUCCAAACCUCCCACGUUUCGUUACAAGAGCGGCCAAUACAUGUUUGUUCAGUGUCCAGCAGUGUCACCCUUUGAAUGGCAUCCCUUCUCAAUUACUUCAGCACCUGGGGAUGACUAUCUCAGCAUUCAUGUUCGACAACUUGGUGACUGGACACGAGAGCUGAAGAGAGUAUUCUCCGCAGCUUGUGAGCCACCAGCGAGUGGAAAAAGUGGCCUUCUUAGAGCAGAUGACACAACUAAGAAAACCUUGCCCAAGCUUUGUAUCGACGGGCCUUAUGGUUCUCCUGCUCAGGACUAUGGCAAGUACGAUGUUUUACUACUUGUUGGAUUAGGAAUUGGUGCUACGCCCUUUAUAAGCAUACUGAAGGAUCUGCUCAACAAUAUUAUCAAAAUGGAGGAAGAGGAGGGUGCUUCAACGGACCUUUAUCCACCAACUGGCCGGAAUAAGCCACAUGUUGAUCUGAACACACUUAUGAGAGUUGCCACGAGACCAAAGAAGGUCUUAAAGACCACAAAUGCUUACUUUUAUUGGGUAACACGUGAGCAAGGCUCUUUUGAUUGGUUCAAGGGAGUCAUGAAUGAGAUUGCUGAGUUGGAUCAAAGGAAUAUCAUUGAGAUGCACAACUACCUCACAAGCGUCUACGAGGAAGGGGAUGCUCGGUCAGCGCUCAUCACAAUGCUUCAAUCUCUGAACCAUGCCAAGAAUGGCGUUGAUAUUGUCUCUGGAACUAAAGUUCGGACACAUUUUGCAAGACCAAAUUGGAAAAAGGUCCUAGCUAAAAUUGCCUCCAAGCAUCCAUAUGCCAAGAUAGGUGUAUUCUACUGCGGAACUCCAGUCCUGGCACAAGAGCUUGGCAAGCUUUGCCACGAAUUCAAUGGGAAAUGCACCACAAAAUUCGACUUCCACAAGGAGCAUUUCUGAAUUGCAAACAAGAAUAGAUUAUGCUACUUGUACAGCAGUUUUGUCCUCGUAUAUUCUUCUCUAUAAAGGACAUGAGAGACCAAGGCGGAGAAGCAACUCCCUACACUUCUUGCUGGACAGUAUACUCCCAACUCCCAAAUGAGGGUGCUUGUGUAGAACUACAUGUGUCGUUCGUCGUGGCUUUUGCAGAACGGACCCCGGUGGAUCUGCAGGGAGGUUCCUCCCGGCAGGUCUCCAAUGUACAGAGACCACCUGAAGAAGACCUUGAGCUUCUCCUGAAUUUAGUUUGGAAUACAGGAUGGUAUAC